AUGAAGCGCUGGGACACUGAGAUCCCCGUCAUCCGCCGCGAGAGGCCAGAGCUGCAGAUCCUGAGCUGCCACGACGAGUACCUGCUGCACACUGCUUUCGACGUCGACGGCUUCCUGGUCGGCUACGGCUGCAUCGCGCCCGAGCCGCUGCUGGAGAUGAUUGCGGCCGGCAAGAAGAAGGACUACGUCAAGGCGCGCGAGGUGCACGACCGCCUUCUGCCCAUCACCAAGAACGUCUACCACCGGGGCUCGCACAUGGAGGGCACUGUGGCGCUCAAGCACGCGGGGAUCUUGGAGCACGCAACCGUGAGGUCGCCGCUGCUGCCGCUAGCCGAGGGUGCAGGAGCCGAGAUUUACGCGGCCAUUGCAUCGGCAAGUUUGAAGAAGGUGGCAUAG